ACAGUGUUCAAGCAUACAACUCAGUUGACUCAGCCAAUGACCGUCAAUUUGUGUUUGGACGUGAGAGAAGCUGCUUCGAUUGCUUCUUGUUUAAACCAUACCACACUUAAAGACUUAAAGUUUUUAUUUUAACUCGUUCCUUUUUUAAUCAACAAAACAACUAAAAAUGCGUGAGUGUAUUUCUGUACAUGUUGGCCAAGCUGGAGUCCAAAUUGGUAAUGCCUGCUGGGAAUUAUACUGCUUAGAACAUGGUAUUGCUCCUGAUGGUCAAAUGCCUUCUGACAAGACCAUUGGAGGUGGAGAUGAUAGCUUCAAUACCUUCUUUAGCGAAACUGGAUCUGGCAAACAUGUUCCUAGAGCUGUAUUUGUGGAUCUUGAACCUACUGUAGUUGAUGAAGUAAGAACUGGUACAUACCGUCAAUUGUUUCACCCCGAACAACUAAUUACUGGAAAGGAAGAUGCAGCUAACAACUAUGCUCGUGGACAUUACACAAUUGGAAAAGAAAUUGUUGAUGUUGUUUUGGAUAGAAUCAGGAAGUUAGCUGAUCAAUGUACUGGACUUCAAGGAUUCUUAAUUUUCCAUUCUUUUGGCGGUGGUACUGGAUCUGGAUUCACUUCUUUGUUGAUGGAAAGAUUGAGUGUAGAUUAUGGUAAAAAAAGCAAAUUGGAAUUUGCCAUCUACCCUGCUCCUCAAGUUUCCACAGCUGUUGUUGAACCAUACAAUUCCAUUUUAACCACACAUACUACUCUUGAACACAGUGACUGUGCCUUUAUGGUAGAUAAUGAAGCCAUAUAUGAUAUUUGUCGCCGAAAUCUUGAUAUUGAACGUCCUACUUACACCAACUUGAAUCGUCUUAUUGGUCAAAUUGUAUCAUCUAUUACUGCCUCUCUUCGAUUUGAUGGCGCUCUAAAUGUAGAUUUAACUGAAUUCCAAACCAACUUGGUCCCAUACCCUCGUAUUCAUUUCCCAUUGGUAACUUAUGCACCAGUUAUCUCUGCUGAAAAAGCAUACCAUGAACAAUUAUCUGUAUCAGAAAUUACAAAUGCUUGCUUUGAACCAGCUAAUCAAAUGGUGAAGUGUGAUCCACGUCAUGGCAAGUACAUGGCUUGUUGUAUGUUGUAUCGUGGUGAUGUUGUACCUAAGGAUGUUAAUGCUGCUAUUGCUUCCAUCAAGACAAAGAGAACAAUUCAGUUUGUUGAUUGGUGUCCAACUGGUUUUAAAGUUGGUAUCAAUUAUCAACCUCCAACUGUAGUUCCAGGUGGUGAUUUGGCUAAGGUACAACGUGCUGUGUGUAUGUUGUCUAACACCACUGCUAUUGCUGAAGCAUGGGCAAGAUUGGACCAUAAAUUCGAUUUGAUGUAUGCCAAGCGUGCUUUUGUUCAUUGGUAUGUAGGUGAAGGUAUGGAAGAAGGUGAAUUCUCUGAGGCACGUGAAGAUUUGGCUGCUUUAGAAAAAGAUUAUGAAGAAGUUGGCAUGGACUCCGUUGAAGGAGAAGGCGAAGGUGGUGAAGAAUAUUAAACAUUUAAAUUAUAGUGCAUCCUCAAAUAUCGCUUACUGCAUUAAAUUUGUUUAACAAUAAAAUUUUUUUUUAUACAAGACAUUUAUAGACAGAAUAUUAAAAAAAUAACUGCAACUGAA